AAGGCAUUCAGCACCAAGGACAGACAUACAACAGACCAUCCCUACAAUUGUCCCAAUCAGUCCAUGUAAUCUCUAGCUGUAGCUCUGAUGUCGAGUUAACUACCUGUGCUACCGCUGAGCAGCUAAUUGGAUGGAAGCAGGCGGUAGGAAAUUGCUCAUUCUACAGGCAUUUCACCAGGCAGAGUCAGUCACCUCACCUCCCUCCCACAGUCAGACGUAUGUAUCCACGGCGCAUUCUAAAGGAGAAUCAUUGAUUCAGCCCCAUAGCUGCCGUAGUGUGUCUCCGGGUUUAUCUCGCCAUGCUUUCCUGACCUGGAAGAGGUGGGUUUGAUGGAUGCAGGGCAGGGAAGUCAGGGGCCACAGGCCGCUGAUGGGAGACUGACAGCCGCCCAGGCUCCAGCUUAGAGGAGGAUAAAAUGGCUGAUGACGUUCCUGCGGGCUCGGGGAGAGCGGAUGGAUGACCAGUCACAGCCUUGUAGAUACAGCAGCGCUGACGUGAAGUGAGGUUGGUUCUGGCCGUGAUGGAUGCCAAAUGGGUUUCCGUGGAGACGGGGGAGGCUGCGAGAGGGGAGGAGGAGAUGUCGACAGAGAAGAAGGAGAAGGUUGUGCAGGACAUCAACAAGAGGCUCCCGACUGGCUGGCAGGCACAGAUCAACAGCCUGGACCGCAUCUAUUACAUCAACACCAAGUCCCACACAUCCAACUGGCUCCCUCCCGCCCAGAGCUGGGCCUGCUGCCACGGGCUGCCGUAUGGCUGGGAACUGGCAGUGGACAAGCACCGGCAGACCUAUUACAUCAAUCAUGUGACCCAGACUACCUGUCGUGACGACCCUCGCACGGCCACUGAACGCCUGACACCGCCACCUCCAAGGAGAGUGGAGCUGCAUCGAGACCAGAACGUUGGUUUUGGGUUCGUCGCUGGUGGGGAGAGGCCUGUUGUUGUCAGGAACGUCACCGAAGGAGGACCAUCUGUUGGGAAGCUGCUGCCAGGAGACCAGAUUUUGAAGAUCAACAGAGAAAAUGUUGGGAAAGCUCCUCGAGACAGGGUAGUAGAGUUAGUAAGGUCUUGCCCUGACAAAAUAGUGCUGACAGUGAUGCAGCCUUAUAGGAUACAAGCGCGCUCUGCUGGCACCCAGUCUGCCCAGUCCCAGCACAACGGCCAGCCCUCCUCACCGAAAGUCCGCUUCUCUCAGGAAGUUCUCGUCAACGGACAGCCUCCAGAAUCAGGAGACACCAGCUUACCUUACAUGCCCAAUAUCAUGAAGGUUUUCCUGGAAAACGGACAGACAAGGUCCUUCAGAUAUGAUCAGUCCACAACUGUCAAGGAUGUUCUUGAUGCACUGCAAGAGAAACUGAACUUCAAAGCAAUGGAGCACUUCUCCUUGGUAGUGCAGAGGUCACACAAGACAGCCGCCAACAGGCUGUCCUUCCUCCAGCCGGAUGAAUCACUCUCACAGAUACUAGCCCAGCCAGGGUCUCAGCUGUGGAAGGUGCUGUUCAGGAUCACACAUGUACCCAGGGACUCCUACAACCUCCUGCGCAGAGACCCCAAUGCAUUCGAAUAUCUCUACAUGCAGUGCUGUAAUGAUGUCAUCAAGGAGAGAUACGCCACGGAGCUGCGGUUCGAAACGGCCCUCCGGCUGGCGGCACUGCACAUGCAUGAGUUCAUGGUGGCCACGACCAACAAGCGCAAGAUGUCAAUCAAGUACAUCGAGAAGGAGUGUGGUUUGGACAAGUUCCUGCCUCCAUCAAUGCUGCAGACAGUGAAGGAGAAAGAGCUGAAGCGGUUACUCGGCCACCAUCUGAAGGUGGUGCAGCACAGCCUGACUGCUCCCGGACAGAAGACCCUGUCCCCUCUCCAAGCCAAGCUGCACUACCUAAAGAUCAUGUCUGAGCUCAGGUCAUUUGGAGGCAAGUACUUCCAGGCGACGCUUAUGCAUGAUCGGCGCACGGAGGUGGUCCUUCUGGUUAGUCCGCACUGCGGCCUGAGCCACGUGCUGAACAACCGUGGGAACCCGCUGGCGCUGCUGGCCGACUUCUGCCACCUGAUGCGGGUGGAUCUGCAGUACGAGAGUGACGCUCUGCAGCGCGUGGAGAUCCACAUCAAAGAUGUCAGACCAAUCAAGCUCCUGAUGCAGAGGGACGAUGCGUGGGACUUUGCCUGUCUUCUGAAUGGGUAUUACCAAAUGUUUGUCAACCCUGAUGCUUCUCUGCUGUCCAUGGAACAGACUCUCCCCUUGUCAGGCUUGUCAGGCAAGGGGUCUGCAGGAAAUGCCUUCAGCAAGGAAGCUCCUCCAUACAGCUCCAUCCACCGGGUGAAGGCCUCCCACUGGAGCUACCCCAGCGACGUUCCGGCACAAGUCAGCAAGAAGCAGGGUGAACAAGACGGCUCCGUGCUUCAGGAGGGCGAGCACUGGGUGGACCUGACAGAAGGCCCCACACCGUGUGCCGAGCAUGUACAGGACAACAAGACCCAGACUGUCCCGACUACCACCACUUCUGCCAGCGAGAAACCCACGGAAAAGGUCGGAGAAAAGCAGCUGCCUGCAGGCAUCAAGUGGACAGAAGCUCCGGAGAAGAUGAUGCCUAGCAUGAAAAACGGCAGCAGAGCGACCCUGGAUAGCAUGAACCACCUCGAUGGGUCCGAAUCGGUGGAGUCGUCAGAGUCAUCCUUCACAAGCGACACAGAUUCGCUGGCGGCAGGAGACUCGAUGUACCAGAGCUUUCAGGACGACUUGGACAUAAGUGUCGGGAGCGUCGCCAUCAGAAGGGAACUGGAAAGGCUAGAAGCAGAAGACAGCAGUAGGCCGAUGGACAAAGGACACCGGGAAGCGUUGUUCGUGCUUGGCAAGAAGGACUACGCAGAAAUAAGGUUUGGGUCGAGCCCUAGUAGGGAUCCAAGUCCUCGAAGGGACCCAGACAUCAUACGAGCGGACUCCUUAGAUGGACUUGAGGUGGGCUCGAGUAAAGGCUGGGCAGGCGGUGCGUCACCCUCUACAGUAUGUAACACCCUGGAUAGAUCCAGGAACAUUGGCUUCAUGUACGAUGGGUCCGGCCAGAACCAGUCUUCUUCUCAGCCUGUGUUGAACAAUGCAGAGGACAGUCCCAUACACAGGCCGCCUCCCAGUAACGCCACCACCAGUAAAGACAACUCAGCAGAGCCCACAGACCCUCCGUCCCACAGGGAGGUAGCCGAGGAGAUCAUCGAUCUCCGCAUCCUGCCACCCCCACUCUCCUUGGAAGACGUGGCCUAUGAGGAAGAAGAAUCAGUGCAUUUCACGGCAUCUACCCCACCGCCACAGUUCAGGGACUCGGUCAAGAAUGUUGCAUUUGGUGUAGGGACAGGGGAGGGUUCAUCCGGUAUGCCUACGGGAGGGAGAGGACCCGCGCUGGGAAUGGCAGGGAAGCUGUCCAGAAGUCUGAAGGAGGAGACCGAAUCUGAGUCUUCAGACCUGGACCCGACUUUACAGCUAGAGAACACAUCAAGCGCACCACAAGAAGCAGGGGAAGCGCCGGCCGGGGAGGAGUCCCAGUCGGACUCGGAGUCAGACUCCGGGAACGAGACCAUCUCAUCAGAGACUGUCGACGGUAGCGGGGAACUUUCAGCAAUCAAUAGGUACUUCCAGCAAAACAUGGCCAGUUACGCCGUGCCAGGGACUGGUAUAGCACGUCUGAAGCCAGGCGAAUCUAGAGACAACAACAGUCAGCCUGUACUGGAGCCUGCCAGUGAGAUGCUUAAAGCUGUGUUAGAGGAUGAGGAGGCAGAGACUACAGCGGAGGUGAACAGCGAUGAUGAGUUGCGGCAGCUGAUAGAGGCCAUGACCGUCCCGCCCCCUCCAGCUGAGGUCCUCCGCCCUGACACUUUAGACACCAUGGUUGUACCACCACCCCCAUCAGACCAUGUUAGUAAUAUUGACAGUUCUCUUCACAGGGAUAGCAAACCGCCCCCUGUCCACGGGCCGUCUCCCAAUCCGAGGUUGAAAGCCAAACGACUGCUUCCCCUGAAAACCACACCGACUAAAGAGAAGAAAGAGGUCAAGAGUCCCGGAACAGAUAAGGAUCAACAAGGCAGUGACAAGGACGAUAAACAGUGGGUUACCUUAAAGGCAAGGCAAUUUGAUGGCCAACAGACCAAACAGCCAUUGGAAGAGAAGCCUAAGGUUGAAAAACGUGAGGAAACGUCACAGCAGGCUGUUGUCAAACGUCAAGAGCAGGGAAAAGGAAAAGAACAGGAAAAAGAGAAGCAGCCUGUUGUGAAAGGAAGAGAAACGACUCAAGCCAAACCAGCUGAAAUCAAAGCAAAGGAAGACCAAAAGAAGGUAGACUCUAACGUAGAGGCAACAGAAAAUAGGCAGACUGCUGAAUAUUUAACACCUGUCAGUGUUGAGGAGAAUACAAAGGAGGAGAACUCAUGUGCAAUAGAAAACUCUACACCACCGGUUGUUGUGACUUUGAGUGAAGCUAAGAGAGACAAUGAUGAAGACAAGUAUGCUCCUGAUGAAUCUUCUACCCAAUCGGUUGAAAAUGUUCCAAUGGUACAAAGUGACAGGAAAGAAAAGCCAGAAGGAGAAAUAAGAAGAGAAGACGAGAGUAAAGAUCAGCCUAAGGCCAGCCAACCCGUCCCUCUGCCAAUGUUGUUCACUGCCAGGCCACGUCAGCUCACUGGCAAUGUCUCUCGGCCCCUCCCUGUGCUUCCUAUGGUACGUUCCAUGACCUUCGGGUCAGUAGAGGAUGAUGACGGCAGUUUUCCGCUUCCCGAGAGACUGGUGGUAUCUGCUGGAAACAGUCCCAUCAAGAACCCGCCAAGGAAAUGAAGCUGUCUCCCUCCUCCAGGUCAUCAUUGCCACUCGG